GAGAAAAAGAGGUUCAGAAAGCAGAGCCUUCAUAGUGUAGCAGCAUCUCAACAACACACACACGCUCACAGAAGGAGCAGAAAAACAAAGAAGGUAAACACUCUGAAAUCUCCUCCGCAGAAGAAACAGCCGACGCAUAAGCCUUCAGAUGGGGCCCGGAUUGUUCUGGAACUUCCCCUCCAAGACUAGCUGCACGGUUUCACAGACCCUGCUGCAGACGAUGUUGCUCUCCAAGAUGGCUGGCAUGAAGGAACAGCAAUUCAUCGAGGAGAAGCCGCUACUUCCAGAAACCAGAGGCCAGGACACAGAAAUGGCGAGAGGAGCGUGUGUGAACGCAGGACCCUGCCCCCAGCCAGCACGCCCUGCCCGCAAGUGGCAUGAGAUCGCUCGCCAUUGGCUCGGUGUGACACGCCGCCACCGGACCAGCGGGGGGUGCAUCCUGGAGAACUGUGAGAGCUUCAUGCCCGUAGGAGACUGGAAGGAACAUGACAUUGAGACUCCCUAUGGGAUGCUACAUGUGGUGAUCCGCGGGGCUCCAAAGGGCAACAAGCCUGCGAUACUCACCUACCACGAUGUGGGACUCAAUCAUAAGCUGUGCUUCAACACUCUAUUUCAUAAUGAGGACAUGCAGGAGAUCACUAAACACUUUGUGGUUUGCCACAUCGAUGCUCCCGGCCAACAAGUCGGAGCCCCUCAGAUGCCAGCAGGGUACCAGUACCCCACCAUGGACCAACUGGCAGGUAUGCUGCCCAGCGUGGUGCAGCACUUUGGAUUUAAGAGCAUUGUGGGAAUUGGAGUAGGAGCUGGUGCAUACAUCCUCGCAAAGUUUGCUCUGAUCUUUCCUGACCUCGUCGAGGGUUUGGUUCUGCUCAAUAUCGACCCAAACGGGAAAGGUUGGAUCGACUGGGCUGCUUCCAAACUAUCUGGAUUGACCAGCACGCUGCCUGACAUGGUCCUACCUCACCUCUUCAGCCAGGAGGAGCUGACGAACAACAGCGAGCUGGUACAGAGCUACAGGCAGCAGAUCAACAACACUAUCAACCAGUUCAACCUGCAGCUCUUCUGGAACAUGUACAACAGCCGUAGAGAUCUGGAGAUGAAUCGUAGUGGGACUGUGCUCAACGCCAAGACACUCAGAUGCCCAGUGAUGCUGGUGGUUGGAGAUAAUGCUCCAGCAGAGGAGGGCGUGGUUGAGUGCAACUCCAAGCUGGACCCGACCAACACCACUUUCCUGAAGAUGGCUGACUCAGGUGGACUGCCUCAGAUCACACAGCCUGGAAAACUGACAGAGGCCUUUAAGUACUUCCUGCAGGGGAUGGGCUACAUCGCGUCUAUAAAGGAUCGGAGGAUGAGUGGAGGGCCAGUGCCCUCGGCCAGUAUGACUCGGCUGGCACGCUCUCGCACUGCCUCUCUGACCAGCGGUGGCUCCGUGGACGGCUCCCGCAACCGAGCGUGCACACACUCGGACAGCACCGAGGGCGUGGGUCAGCUCAGCCACACCAUGGAGGUGUCCUGUUGAGCUCACACACAAACACACACACACACACACACACACACCCAAACACAUGCGUAGAUGGAGGGCAUGAAACAGAUAGCAGUAGGGACUGAGUUGAAGGGAAGGGCAGAGAUUUGUUCCUCUGUGUGUUUCUGUUCUGUAAAUCGAUACACUCCUCCAAUCUCUCUCCUGCUUGUUUCAUGACUUCUGUUUUUGCUCAAAGUGUAUUCGUGUUUUUGCUCCAGUGUCUUCCUCUGUCCUGCUUACAUCAUGCAAGCCCCGACAACAACUCCCAUCAUCCCCUGCUCUCAUGUCCUAUAACAGUCUCCAAGAGUGACUGGUGGCUUUAAAGCACAGAUGGAUUUAAGAAAGAAAACAGUAGAAACAAAAACAAAAAAGGGGGAGUGUCCUUUUUAUUUCCGGAUAAACUGGAGAAAUUCAUGACUAACCAAUGAGAGGUCUGCAUAAUCUUCCUGACAUUCAGCGGAUGGUUGCAAUGUUGUAAAUACGUGGAACUUAAGACAUUUCCAUUGUCAAAAAUAUUAAGGCUUUUAAAUCUUCAAUGCGUAAGAUUUUUUAUUAAAAUUGAAAUUACUGAGUUACGGAGAGUUGUUGCUGUGACUUUCUCUGGAAAUCCUGUAACAGUAAAGUAAUUAGGCAAUGGGAGUUUCAGCUCCACAGUCCAGAUGGUAGCAAGCUAGCUGGCUAAUAUCAAGUAGCUAGCUAAAAGACCAGGAAAAACCACACAUAAGAUUGAAUAACAAAAUACACAGAGGGCACAAUUUAGAAAAAACAUACACACACCAAAGGCGAACAGGCAUUUCUUUUCAUUCUGUUUUUUAGCUAGCUAGCAAGCUAACCGUGGCUAGAAAGCUGGCUACUCUUAGGUCUGUAUGAUAUACUGUAGAACUGUGACUAAAUUUAUUCAUGAAUUUCUCCAUCUUAGGGUUUAGAAGAAGGAAGCAGGUUGAGGGAUGUCCUGUGGCAGCAUACCGUAAUUCCAGUUCUCUGUCUUAGCCAUGAGCAAAAGGAUUGUUUGAUUGAGGCUACAGCCAAUCGGGUUUGAAGAUGUCAGUUCUCAGCCAAUCAUCCCAGCUCAUUUGCAUUUCGAAAUACUUCUGAUAAAUAUGUGCUCGAAAUAGCACCCUAGUCACAGGCAUUCUGCAUCUCCUGAGCCAUGUUGUUUUGACAUUUACCUAUUGCAGUGCAUUGUGGGAUGUCAAGAGUACAUGAUUUCAGAUAGUAUUAUAAAACUGCAAAACUAUAACACUCUAAAACAGUAAAAUCAUGUGCACUACCCUGCUAAUUACUACAUGUUAACUGUUGUGUGCACUACUCUACCAGUGAUUCCUUCACUUAAAUGUAGUAUACUCAUUGUAGUGUGCAUGAAUAUAGUAGUGUACACUACUCUAGUAAUGACUACACUAUCCACUCUAUCUAGUACACUAACUGUAGCUCUAGUGGUACAUCACUUGACUGUAGUAUACUCAAUGUAGUGCACACUGUUUUAGCCAUGGUAGUGCACUACUCUGAAAGUGACUAUACACUUUAACUGUAGUAUACUCAGCGAAGUAUGCACUGCUCCUGCCAUGAUCACUCCAUCCAAUUCUAGUGUUCGCUAAUCUACCUGUAACUUCUCUUAAAGGUAGCACCCUCCUCAUAGUGUAAACUACUCUACCAAUGACUAUUCCACCUGUAGUACACGUAUAGUAGUGCGCACUACUCUAGCUCUAUUUGACUUAAGAAUACUCUUUGUGGGGAACAAUACUUUAGCCAUGAGUAUUUCAUAUCUGUUCUAGUACACUAUCUAUAGUGUGCACUACCCUAGUGACUGCUUUAUUUAAGUGUUGUAUACCCAUAAUGUGUACACUCCACUAGUGAUGACUAUAUUUGAAUCUAUUAGUGUAGCGUGCAUUACUCUAUCAGUGACUACUAUUUGAUUUUAAUAUACUCAUUACACUAACUUUAGUACACAUUACCUACCACAGACAUAUUUCCUUCAACCAAAUCUAGUACACUAAUUGUAAAGUACACUAACUUUAGCGUGCUCUACUCUUUCAUUUUUUACUCCAUCCAGUCCAAUACUGAGUGUAGUAGUGUGCACUACUUUACCAAAGAAUCUUGGUAGUGCACCCUUCAAUAUUCUUUGAACUCUACUACAGUAAUUGCAGCGUACACUACUCUAGAAUUGACUUCUCCACUCAACAGUACCUACAGAGUGCACUAUUCUAACAGUAAACACACAUUAUAUCAUUAUAUUUUAGUAUGCUCAGUGUAGUGUGCACUCCCCUCUAGCAUGGAAGUGGUUUCGCCUGGGAUCGGUUCAUCACGGUUUCCUUUCUGUAGACAAUCACCCUCCGACCUGAACCAAACCGGAACCGAGAACUGAGGCCGAACCUGUGUGCAGGCGGAGAGGUCAUAGGUCAUAAGCCAGUCUGUGGAACUGGUAAGCGUCAAGAUGGUGACCUUGCUUUCCUUACAGCAUUCUAGCUCAAAGGAAGUGUAUACCAAAGUAACAUUAACAGACAGACACACACACACAUAUACACACACACACACACACACACACACAGGUUCUGUGAGAGGAUAAAACUUCAGAAACCACACCACACUCUGCAUUCAGGCUCUUCUCUGGUUCCCUGAUGAACAAAUGAAUGUGAAAAUGAGCUGCACUGAUGGGCGAUGCUAAGCACAUGAGCUGUGAGAUGAUUGGCUAGAGCUGCUCCAUGAUUGUAAUUUAAAUGAGAAAGUUGCGAGUACUCACUGUGUCCCCUCCUCUUUCACAAACAACUCAAUUUCUCUUCCAUCUGCCUUACUGAAUGUCAUUUUUCUCAGCUUCCUCAAUCUUGUAGGAAGUGAUUUACUCACUACUGCAGGGGUGUUUCCUGUUCAUGUGUGUCUGUGAGGGGCGGGGCUUUCUGGAGCGUCGUGCUCCAAGCUCAGAAUGUAGGGCAAAUCCCACCCCAAAAAACUCCCUUCCCCUAAAAACUCAAGGUGCCCCGACCCUUACAGACGCGUGCAGUCGCCCCAAAGGGCUAAUCGACCCCCGACCCCUCGUCACCUUCGUUAUUGUCGAUGUACCACUCCUAGUGCACAUGAGAGGGCACAAACUCUGCAUUUGCUGUCCUAACAGAACGGUGAAUAUGGCAGAUUUAAAAUAAAUUGUCUUCUGUAGGUUAUAUGAAAAGGAGAGGGAGUGUGUGUGUGUGAGCAAAUAUGGGAGUCAUGAAGGGUGUUAGAGUCUUUGGACAGUGCUUGACUAUGAAACGUUUCUAUUAGAAACAAGGGAAUGAGAUAAUAAUGAUACUAAUAAAUUAAAUUAAUAUUGCACAACUGUUAAAAUGUAGCUCAGAGUGUUUUAAAACAUGUAAAAAUCAAACCAUGAUGGAGAACAGAAAUAGAAAUAAGCUAUAAAAGAGGAUGUAGGCUUAACAUUUAAAUUGAAGUAAUGAAAUGAAAAUGAAAUUAAUGGUUUUAAUUAAUAAAUAAAAUUAGAGUAAAGACAGACCAGGUUAGCCACCAGUAGAAGAAAGGUUCUCACGUUUCAAGACUGAUAUUGGACAAGCCGCAAGUUUCUCCUGCCUCUGUUUGCAUGAUACUGUAUAAGCCCGAGACUGUGUUUCAUCCUUUCUGUCUGCCAGUUGUCGAGCAUGCCUCCUGCUCUCCAUGUAGCUGAGUGUUUCCCACCACUGAUCUGAGGUCAGCUUUUGUCUCUGACACUGUAGUAAAUGGAUCUGAUGCCAGAUCAGACUCUGAACAUGAUCUAGAAUGUUGUCAGUGUGGCUCCGUCCCAAAACACCUCGACUACUACUCGGACUGGGUUCAGCACUCCGUGACCUGCUUUUCACUUCCUGACCUUCACCUUAGUGCUCAUCUCUCUCUUCCUGCUGUAGAUAUUCGCUGUUUUUAGAUAAUAACGAGCAAAAAGGAUUGCUUUGUCUUGUGAAGGUAUACAGUUCACAUUCCCACAACCCAACUUAUUAUUAUUAUUAUUAUUAUUAUUAUUAUUAUUAUUAUUAUUAUUAUCCAUCAUUUUGUAUUGAGCAAUAAAUAAGUUAUUGUGUUUUGAGAUGGUUCUUCCUUUCAGAACUCAAAAAGAAGUCUGUAGAGACAGUAGGACUGAACCUUUCCUGCCUGAUUAAAACAAGUGUUCAUGUAAAAUGUAAAUCUAUAUAGAAGCCAUCAAUCUAUGUGUACUGAUCAUGUAACAACGAUAAAUAAACAAGAAAGUAACAAUAAAAUGA